AUGUCUGGUGAAGAAAGGCAACCGACGGAGGCUGUUUUCACUCAUCUAGAACAAGGAGAUAUUUUUGUCGACACAGGUUCGUCUGGACCUGAUGAUCUUUUCGAGGAGGACUGCUUCACUCCGUCCUCUCUCUCCCCGUCGUCCUCCGUUUCUCUGCAGGGGAAACCCCUGUGCACCUCCUGCGGCCUGGAGAUAGUGGACCGAUACCUCCUUAAGGUGAAUGACUUUUGUUGGCACGUGCGCUGCCUCUCAUGCAGUAUAUGUAACGCAUCACUGGGGCGACACGUGAGCUGCUACAUCAAGGAUAGACAGUGUACUGCAAACUUAUCUUUCUUCAGAAAAUAUGGGACCCGUUGCGCUCGUUGUGGUCGUAACAUCCAUUCCACUGACUGGGUGCGCCGGGCACGAGGCAGCACCUUCCACCUGGCCUGUUUCUCCUGCACCUCUUGUAAGCGCCAGCUGUCCACUGGGGAGGAAUGUGGACUACUAGAGAACAGGGUCUUCUGCAGGCAACACUAUGACAUUAUGUUGGAGAAUAUCAAACAUGUUAAGGAAAAUGAGCAACCAAAUGUAGAGGAAGAGGUGGUAGAGAAAGAAGAGUCCAGCACCAUGCCAAGACCUGCUAAGAGGGCCAGGACCAGCUUCACUGUUGACCAGUUACAGGUAAUGCAAACUCAGUUUGCUAAAGAUAACAACCCAGAUGCCCAGACUCUCCAGAAACUGGCAGAGAGGACCGGACUGAGCCGUAGAGUUAUUCAGGUAAGAUGGCCAAAGGAAGCUUGA